CAAAAUACUUUGAUCUCUGCUCUUGCAACACUCCUCUGCGACCAUCGCAGCCGCUCUUGGAGAUGGCCAACCAAGAGAUGGAGAGCAUGAUGGCUCUCGAAGUCAAGGAUGGCGAGAACUCCAUUCGUUUCUGCGAAGGGGAAAGCUUCGGUGCCCCUCGCAGCGUUGCCGGCGAACUGGUCUUUCAGACGGGCAUGGUCGGCUAUCCAGAGUCCAUCACGGAUCCCUCCUACCGCGGGCAAAUCCUGGUCAUCACCUUUCCCCUUGUGGGAAACUAUGGCGUCGCAAGUAGAGACGAAAUGGACGCCGUCCUCAAGGACAUCCCGGCUCACUUCGAAUCCUCCGAGAUCCACAUUGCCGGCCUUGUCAUCGCAUCAUAUUGCGGCGAGAACUUUUCCCAUCACUUGGCCAAGUCGUCCCUCGGCGCUUGGUUGAAGGAACAGAAUGUGCCGGCAGUAUGCGGAGUCGACACCCGGGCCCUGACGAAACGGAUUCGUGAGAACGGUAGCAUGCUGGGGCGACUGCUCCUGCAAUCUGGAACCCGUCGCGUUCCGGAUCUCUCUUCCAAUGGCGCCAUGACUCCCAGUGGAGCGGCAACACCCAACGGGACGAUGACUCCAGCAAUGACGCCCAAUGUGCCUGGCAUGAACUCCGCCAACUUGAGCGUCAAUGGCAUCCACUCCUACUUCCACCGCUCCAAAGAGGUGCCGGUCUACGAGGAGGUGGAUUGGUAUGAUCCGAACAAGCGGAACUUGGUUGCGGACGUCUCAAUCAAAGAGCCCAAGAUUUAUUCCCCGAGCCCGUCAGUUGCGUUGUCUCAUCCGUCCGGUAGACCUGUGCGUGUUCUGUGCGUCGAUGUGGGCCUCAAAUACAACCAGUUGCGCUGCCUCGUCAAUCGCGGCGUCGAGGUUCAGGUUGUGCCCUGGGACUACGACUUUCCGCAGCUUGCUGGCAAGACCUAUGACGGUCUUUUCAUCUCCAACGGCCCUGGUGAUCCAUCCUUGAUGGAAAAGACCGUCAAGCACAUCGCAGCGGCGCUGGAGGAAGCCCGGACCCCCGUAUUCGGCAUCUGUCUUGGCCACCAACUGCUGGCCCGAGCUGCUGGCGCAUCAACUCUCAAGAUGAAGUUCGGAAACCGCGGCCACAACAUUCCUUGCACCAAUCUGCUCUCCGGCAAAUGCUACAUCACUUCACAGAACCAUGGAUUCGCCGUCAACGCCGAGACGCUGCCGUCGGAAUGGUCGGAGCUCUUCAUCAACGCCAACGACAACAGCAACGAGGGUAUCCGACACACGACACGACCCUACUUCUCGGUGCAAUUCCACCCUGAAAGCACUCCGGGCCCACGAGACACCGAAUUCCUCUUCGAUGUCUUCAUCCAGACAAUCUUGAACGUCAUCCGCAACCCUUCAGAGAUGGAGCAACCAGUCAGCUUCCCCGGCGGUGACAUUGCCGAGAACCGAGCAUUGAAGCCCAAGGUCAAUGUCAAGAAGGUGCUUGUCCUCGGAAGUGGUGGGUUGAGCAUCGGGCAAGCUGGUGAAUUUGAUUACUCCGGCAGCCAGGCGAUCAAAGCAUUGAAAGAAGAGGGCAUCUACACCAUCCUCAUCAAUCCGAACAUCGCCACCAUUCAGACGUCCAAAGGCCUGGCAGACAAAGUCUACUUCCUCCCCGUCAAUGCCGACUUUGUGCGCAAAGUCAUCAAAGCGGAACGUCCAGAUGCAAUUUACGUCACGUUUGGUGGUCAGACUGCCCUCCAAGUUGGUAUCCAACUCAAAGACGAGUUCGAAGCGCUUGGGGUCAAGGUUCUGGGAACGCCAAUCGACACAAUCAUUACCACCGAGGACCGCGAGCUCUUUGCACGAAGCAUGGAAUCGAUCGGUGCGCCUUGUGCGAACUCGAAAUCUGCCAGCAAUGUCGAGGAAGCUCUGGUGGCAGUUGAGAGCAUCGGGUAUCCGGUCAUCAUCCGCGCAGCAUACGCUCUUGGUGGGCUAGGAAGUGGAUUCGCAGAGAACAAAGCGCAGCUUCUCGACCUCUGCAAUAAGGCUUUCGCAGCGAGUCCUCAAGUUCUCAUCGAACGAAGCAUGAAGGGCUGGAAGGAGAUUGAGUACGAAGUCGUUCGUGACGCGCAAGACAACUGCAUUACUGUGUGCAACAUGGAAAACUUCGAUCCUCUCGGCAUCCACACAGGAGAUUCGAUUGUGGUGGCACCGUCUCAGACGUUGUCUGACGAGGACUACAAUAUGCUCCGCACGACAGCUGUAAGGGUCAUUCGACAUCUCGGUGUGGUUGGCGAGUGCAACAUUCAGUAUGCUCUCAACCCGGAUAGUCGGGAGUACUGCAUCAUCGAAGUCAACGCUCGUCUGUCGAGAUCUUCGGCCCUGGCAUCCAAAGCGACCGGAUAUCCCCUGGCGUUUAUUGCCGCGAAGCUGGGCCUCAAUAUCCCUCUCAACGAGAUCCGCAACACUGUCACCAAGGUCACCUGCGCUUGCUUCGAGCCUUCGUUGGAUUAUGUCGUCGUCAAGAUCCCCAGAUGGGAUUUGAAGAAAUUCACCAGAGUGUCCACUCUACUUGGCUCGUCGAUGAAGAGUGUUGGCGAGGUCAUGAGCAUUGGGCGCACCUUUGAAGAGGCCAUCCAGAAAGCCAUCCGCGCAGUCGAUCCCAGCAACUUGGGCUUCAACGAGACAACCGCAUUGAUGUCCAUUGACAUCGACACUGAACUCCAAACCCCCUCCGACCAACGCAUGUUCGCCCUCGCCAAUGCCAUGCACAACGGCUACAGUGUCGAAAGCAUCUGGAAUCUGACCAAGAUCGAUCGCUGGUUCCUGCACAAGCUGAAGGGCCUCAGUGAUUUCGGCAAUCUCAUGCGAACACACUCCACCGCCAGCAUCUCGCCGGCGUUGUUCCGCCAAGCCAAGUCCUUGGGAUUCUCUGAUGCCCAGCUCGCGCUCUUCUGGGACAGCAACGAGCAAGCUGUGCGGCGUCUCCGUCUCGAAUCUGGCAUCAUGCCUGUCGUCAAGCAGAUUGACACUGUUGCGGCGGAGUUCCCGGCUUACACCAACUACCUGUACUUGACCUACAAUGGAGCGGAGCAUGAUGUGACCUUUGAUGACCGUGGAGUCAUGGUCUUGGGCUCGGGUGUAUAUCGAAUCGGCUCAUCUGUGGAGUUCGAUUGGUGCUCUGUUCGUGCCAUUCGGACACUGCGGGAGAAUGGAUACAAGACCGUCAUGGUCAACUACAAUCCGGAGACCGUCUCCACCGACUACGACGAAGCCGACCGAUUGUACUUCGAGAACAUCACGCUCGAAACCAUCCUCGACAUCUACCAGAUGGAGCAAUCCAGCGGCGUCAUCCUGUCCAUGGGUGGUCAAACACCAAACAACAUCUCCCUGCCGCUUUACCGCUCGAAUGUCAAAGUACUCGGCACCUCCCCUGAGAUGAUUGACACUGCGGAGAACCGCUACAAGUUCUCCCGUAUGCUCGAUAGACUCGGUGUCGAUCAGCCGCAGUGGAAGGAACUCACCAGCAUCGAUGAAGCGAGGGCCUUCUGCAACAUGGUCAAGUAUCCGGUGCUGGUGCGGCCAUCGUACGUUUUGUCUGGAGCCGCCAUGAACACUGUCUACUCCGAGCACGAUCUGGCCCAGUACCUGAACCAGGCUGCGGAGGUCUCCAAGGAAUUCCCAGUGGUCAUUACGAAGUAUAUUGAGAACGCAAAAGAGAUCGAAAUGGACGCCGUGGCUCGCAAUGGUACCAUGAUCGGACAUUUCGUGUCCGAGCACGUCGAAAACGCCGGUGUCCACUCUGGAGAUGCGACUCUCAUCCUACCACCCCAAGAUCUCGAUCCCGAGACUGUGCGCAAGAUUGAAGAAGCGACGGAGAAGAUCGGAAUCGCCCUGAAUGUUACCGGACCAUUCAACAUCCAAUUCAUUGCAAAGGACAAUGAGAUCAAGGUGAUUGAAUGCAACGUCCGCGCAUCUCGGUCUUUCCCAUUCGUGUCGAAAGUCAUGGGUCUUGAUCUUAUCGAGAUGGCGACCAAGGCUAUGACUGGCCUGCCUGUCCGCGAAUACCCACCCCUAACAAUUCAGCCGGAUUAUGUCGGCGUGAAGGUUCCACAAUUCUCCUUCUCCCGACUGUCUGGUGCUGAUCCUGUGAUGGGCGUCGAAAUGGCUUCUACUGGAGAAGUCGCAUGUUUCGGCCGCACCAAGUACGAGGCCUACAUCAAAGGGCUGAUUGCUACCGGCUUCAAGCUUCCCAAGAAGAACAUCCUGCUCUCCAUUGGCUCGUUCAAGGAGAAGAUGGAGCUUCUGCCAUCGGUCGAGAAACUCCACAAGCUGGGGUAUAAGCUCUACGCCACCGCUGGUACUGCAGACUUCUUGGAGGAGCAUGGCAUUCCCGCUCAGUUCCUCGAAGCUCUGCCAGAAGAGGACCAGCGCAAAGAGUACUCGCUCACGCACGCCCUCGCCAACAACUUGAUUGAUCUCUACAUCAAUCUGCCCUCCAGCAACAAGUUCCGACGUCCCGCAAACUACAUGAGCAAGGGCUACAGGACACGUCGAAUGGCCGUUGACUACCAGACGCCAUUGGUGACCAACGUCAAAAACGCGAAGAUCCUCAUCGAAGCCAUAGCACGCAACUACGACUUCAGCAUUGGCAAGAUCGAUCUCCAAAUGUUUGCGGAUGUGCCCACGGCGCCUGCCAUCCUGCCGCAGCCGCAAUCCGCUGUCAGCCUGGCAAAUCUCCUCAAGGGCUCGCCUUUCCAAGGUAAAGACAUUCUAUCCGUGAAGCAGUUCACGAGGGAGAACUUGCAUCUGCUCUUCACCGUCGCCGCGGAAAUGCGUCUGGGAGUGGAGCGCGGUGGAGCUCUCGAUGUGCUCAAAGGCCGUGUUCUUUGCCUUCUGUUCUUCGAGCCCUCCACUCGCACUUCUUCCUCUUUUGAUGCUGCUAUGAAGCGCUUGGGUGGCUCGACAAUUGUGACCAACGAAGCCCAUUCCAGCACGCAGAAGGGCGAGACGCUCAGCGAUACCAUCCGCACCCUCGAUCAGUACGCCGACGCAAUCGUCCUCCGCCACCCGGAGCCUGAAAGCGUGGACGUUGCCGCCAAAGCAGCGGACCGCCCUAUUCUCAACGCCGGCAACGGCUCUCGAGAGCAUCCCACCCAAGCUCUGCUCGAUCUGUUCACCAUCCGUGAGGAGCUGGGUACGGUCAACGGCCUUACCAUCACCUUCACCGGCGACCUCAAGUACGGCCGAACAGUGCACUCCCUCUGCGAGAUCCUGCGCCACUACAACGUCACCAUCCAACUCGCCGCACCCGACGCCCUCGCCCUGCCCAGCAAGCUGAAAGCAAGCAUCAAAGCGCGCGGCCAACUGGGCGCCGAGUCGGAGCACUUGACACCCGAGAUGAUCGCCAACUCCGACGUGCUGUACUGCACGCGCGUGCAGAAGGAGCGCUUCAGCGACCUUGCCGUGUACGAGAAGGUGAAGGACAAGAUGGUCGUCGACGCGCGGACGCUGCGAGACGCGAAGAAGAACAUGAUUGUCAUGCAUCCGCUGCCGCGCAAUAUGGAGUUGCAUGAGGACGUCGAUCAUGACCCUCGCGCGGCGUAUUUCAGACAGAUGCGCUACGGCAUGUUUGUCCGGAUGGCACUGCUGGCACUCGUCAUGGCGCCUUGAGCAGGAGCAUGAGUAGAAGCUGGACUUUUGCAAUCCCCAAGAAUGUGAAUGCACAGAAUGGCAGUCGCAUAGCGAAGGCGUUGAGGACUAUUGACUGGGAAAAAACCGACAUCGUAAACCCCCCCCCCCCCCCC